AUGGGGUCAGUGGCGCCCCUUGCCUUUCAACGGCCGAUUAAGCGCGGGAAUCCGGACCGGUCCUCAAACUGCGAGUACGGUUCAGUGGAUAUCGCAAAACUCUCGAAACGGAAGGCUAUACAUAUUGGCUUCGGAUGGUCCUCGGAUGCCUACACCGUGAUCUCCUUACUACGCGUCGAGCCAGUCGAUAUCGACCAAGAAGAGCUACAAGCGUUAUCAACGAAUGUCAAAACGCGGCUCGACAUUGUCAUAUUUACCCCAGACACCCUCCGUAUUGAUAUCCGAAUUAACGACAUACCGAUGUGUGAAGACGACGCGCUCGUUUUCAUAGUCUUUGUGCUUCGCGAUGUUGGCACUUCGAUGAGCUUGGCUACCGGGCCGUUCCGCCGACAUCCGACGCCACGGUCUGGACAUCCAAGCACCCACAGGUAUAGCUUCCGUCCAGCCGCCCAGCCGUCCAACCGUCCAACCGUCCAACCGUCCAGUCGUGUAGUACUGGAAUCGGUAAUGCUCCCGCUCGCGAAUUCCAUGAACAAGGCAACCCGCAAUGGAGCUGCACUUUCGGAUUUGUUGAAAGCAGGGAUGAAGACAUUUGUGCUUGAUGUUACGAAUGACGAGGAGAUCAACCACGUUCGGGACCAGGUGGCAGAUAUGGCUGGUGGUAAACUCGCCAUGUUGGUCAAUCAAGCUUUUAUACCUACCUUUCUAUCUUCCGCUAUUGACCUCGACAUGAAGAGGGUUCAAGAUCUCUAUGAUGUCAAUGUGUUUGGUGCACUGAGGAUGAUUAAAGCAUUUAUACCGCUUCUCAUUGUUUCCGGUGGUGCAUGCAUCCUUCAAGUUGGUAGCGUUGCUGCUGUGACCCCUUAUCCCUUUGGUUCCACGUACAGUUCCUCGAAGGCAGCUCUCCACGCAUAUGGGAAUAAGCUUCGUGUUGAACUGUCCCCGUUCAAUUGGGUUAUAAAGGUUGUCAAUCUCUGUACAGGUAGCGUGAAGAGUGAUAUCGUCGAAAACAAGCUAAGUCUACUCCCUGACCAUUCGCGCUACAAGUCCCUCGAACCUAUUACCCUGGCGAAGCGAAGAGAGGUCUCUCAAGGAGGCGCCAUCAGUGCUGAAGAAUAUGCCAAAAAUAUGGUGUGGGAGGCUCUCAAACCUUCUCUCUGGGCAUGGAUUUGGAAGGAUAGUAAAGCGUGGAUUGUAUGGGCAGUGGACACCUUCCUGCCUCGGAUUGUAUUUGUGAGUGAUAGAGAACCGUACGUGUUCUCCCAUUAA